AUGAGGCUGCCCGUCGUUGAGUCGUUGUUGAACUCAAAUCCGAAAUCUGCUUAUGUCAAGGACGAUGAUGAGCGUCUUCCAAUCCAUUGGGCUGUAGCCUACAAUCACCUCCCAGUGGUUGAAUUACUAGUCGCCAGCAAGAAUUUCGAUCCGGAUGUCGAGGAUGGUUCGGGCUGGACACCCCUUAUGAUUGCAGCCAGUUUGAAAGAUGCCUCGGGCGACGCAAUCAUUGAGCUACUCAUUCGAAAGGGGGCCGACGUGUCUGCCAAAAGUAAUUCUGGACAGAAUGCUCUACACUUCGCAAGCUCAAAGAAUAACAUCUCCACUGUCCGGGCUCUGAUCGCCAACAAAUGCAGCGCCAGAGUGAAGGACAAGCGUGGCCAGCUACCUAUUCAUCGAGCAGCUGCAGUGGGAUCUGUCCCGAUCCUGAAGACCCUGUUGGAAGAAGGCAAGAGCCCUGUCAACGCAACUGACGCUGAUGGAUAUACGGCACUCCACCAGGCCAUUGCCGAAGGCCAUGGCCCUGCCGCAAUCUUGCUACUGAAAUCAGGAGCGGACCCACUGAAGAGGGAUAGUGAUGGCAAAUUGGCCAUUGAGCUAGUCCCGGAUGAUAAGGUAUGUUUUCAUUCUCGGGCCAAGAUGCCAGAACUGACAUUGUCUUUGUCCAAUCAAAAGGUCAAGCAGUUUAUUCUUCAGACGGCAGAGCGAGAGGGGAUAGAGCUCCCAUGA